CCCGACUCCACCCAACCACCCACACGCAUACACACACACACACACACACAUACACAUACACGCAUACCCUAGACUCAACUGGUUGCGCCGAUAUGGAUACCCAUGUUCGACAUGGAUUGUCGCUGGUGGUCGAUGCCACUGAGGGCGACGUGUUUGGGAGUGAGGCCGUGACCAGGUUGGUGGAAGCUCUGCUGUUCCUUCGGGCACAACAUGGCCAGACGGCGGCCAUGGUCGCGCUCGACUGCCUGCCAAACAUUACGCUGCCGCGCAUGGCGAGCGGGACCUCAUGUCACGAUGGCGAUGCAGCUUAUUCGGGAAAACGAGAGCCCGAUAGUGUGCGGCUGGCGGGCGCCGUGGCCAAGUUGAUGGAGAACGCGACGUCGCGGUCGGCGAUUCUGACAGUCGAGCUGGUCGAGGUGGUGGGCCUUGGCGGUGAUCCGUGCUACGAGGAGUGGACCAUCAAAGUAGUGGACGUGGGCAGCAAGGAUGCGGUAUCGCUGCUGGAGGCUUGUGAUGGGUCGGUGCGCCAGGCUGUGGAAGCCUCGCUCAUGGCUGCCAUCGACGAGCUCGAGGCCAAAGCCGCCGCCCUCCUCACGGCAGACCACGCGUAUCUGCCCAAGUUGAAGGAGAGUGUGGUGCCUGGGCAAGCGGCAAAGUUUACGGUGGACGGGGGUAGCAGCAUGUUUUCGCGGAUCGUCAAGGCGCUUCGGCCGUCGAAGCAGGUGUGAGGCAUAGAACCCUCACGGGUGCGGCGGAGUCCGGCUCGACGGGGUCGCGAGGCCAGGAAUGUCAAAGGUGGCCUUGUGGCGCGCAGCAGCUGAUGCACUUGUGGUAGGGCGGGCUGUGAUGGUGGAUGCGGCUGCGGUUGGGGCGCGCGAGCGAGUGCCGACACCUGCGGCGGCAGCGGUCCGCAUGUUCUGGCGCGAUGAGUCCUCGAGGCGCUUGAGGCGGUUGUUCAUGACCUUGAUCUUGGUGUUGAUCGACUCGAGGAAGCGCAUGAGGGUGUUGUGCGAGUCCGAGAUGGCGGCGGUGACGGCGGCAGGCUCGGCGUUAGCGGCGAGGCGGAGGAUGUUGGGGUCAAUCGGGGCAGGGCCUCCCUGAUUCGGCUUGCGGAUCUCAAGCUUGCGGAGGCCCGGGUCGCCGGAUGAGCCCAUGCGGGCCACACGCUUCUUGUAGUCUUCGAGGCGCUUCGAGAUCUCCUCUCGAUGCUCGAUCUGCUCGCGCGAGAGCUUCUUGCCCGUCUCGGCCAGGCCCUGCUCGAGCUCCAUAAAGUCUGACAGCGCCUCCUCGAGAA